AUGCCCCCAGAUGGCCAUCAGACAUCGGCACAAAUUAUAUCAGAAAUUCGGAAACGUCAAACGGUUUGCAUUUGUACUGGAAAUAUACAGAGACACCAGGAGUUGUUUCGACGAAUGUUCAAAAAUUCAGCGGAGGAGUUGCUCGCCGCGAUCACCUAUCAACUUGAUGGACCGAAUGGACCGGAACUGGAAAUGAUGCCUAGUGGUACAGUAAUGCUUUCUCGUGAUGCUGAGAAUUGCCACUUGAACUCAUUCGAAAAGGCUGAUAUGAAGAUAACAUUGAAGGUUUGCUUAUCCUUGUUCAUUCGAUAUGUGCCAACUUCCAGAUGA